AUGAAGUCGCUGAGGGAAACUUCUGAGUACUCGCGCAUGUCCAUAGGCGACUUGGUUGAUAACACUCGAAAUUACCAGGCCAAAUUGUCGGAGCUUACUGUCGAAGUUCUUGAUUUGAAAACCAAACUAGACUCAGAAGAAAAAAAGAGACAGUCUGCAGAGUCUGCUUUAAUGACUCUUCAGAAAGAACAUGACAAAAUGUAUUCUAUUUCGAAAGACGGAGCGACCAGAGAAGAACAAUUGAAUUCGACUGUGACUAGGUUGACAAGUGAGAAUGAGUGCUUGAAGGAGAAACUUAUGAACAUGACUGAGAAGGUUGAAGAGCAGUCCGAUGCAAUCAAUGUUCUCAAAAGUGAAUUGUCACAAAUAAAAACCAAGAACGAGAAAGAAGACACCCUUUUGCUUCAAAUACAACACUUGAGUGAAAAACUCGAUACACAACAUCAAUCUUCACAAUCGUUCCACUCUCUCGAGAUUCAAAAAGUCCAGGAAAGCAUCGAGAAAGUCGAGAACGAAGUGAAGCGUGUGCAGAUGACAUGCAGUCCAAAGUCAAUACACGACGACUAUGAAGUACUCAAAGAACGAUUGGACAAACAGAUGCAAUUAGAUAGUCGGAUAGUGACUCAAUUUAAAGAAGCAAUGAUUAGGAUGAAAAACAACCAAAACAACAUCUUCUUUGCGCUUCGUGGAGCUCUGGACAUUCAGAAGGAAGUGACAGCGAAAGAGAUCAUUCACGAAGUCUUUGCACUUCAACAGAAAAAGGCGCUUGUUGAGAUGGACAACAGCGAACUCAAAAGGGAGCUUGAAAAGACGAAGAAAGAAUUGGACGCACUCUCGAAGAGGCAAAAGUACUACGGCGAUGUGUUGGAUAAGGCAGAAGAGAUCCUCAAACAGAAACUCGUGUGA